AUGGUCUUCCUGGGCAUCUACCGGGCCAUCUACGACUAUGUGCCCCAGAGUGAGAACGAGAUCGCCCUGGCCGAGGGCGAUCUGUUGAUGGUGCUGGAGAGGUCCAGCGACGACGACUGGUGGAAGGCUAAGAAGAAGGGCACAGAUGAGGAUGAGGAGGAGCCCGAGGGUCUGAUACCCAACAACUACAUUGAGGAGGCUGCUCCAUUAUCCAAAGCCAAAGCACUCUACGACUAUGUCCGCCAGACCGACGAAGAGCUCUCCUUCAAGGAAGACGCCGUCCUCGACGUAUACGAUGUCUCAGAUCCGGAUUGGACAUUGGUAGGAUUGGCCGGCGACUAUGGCUUUGCGCCAGCAAACUACAUCGAUUUGAAGGAGGACGUUGCUGCCGCUGAACCGCUCACAUCUCCAUCCCUUCCACUUCGGCCUCCUGCCAUCCCCGCUGCACCGGAUUCGGAUGACGGACAGGGGCCGCCGACACCAGACAGCCCAGUCCAUCCAAGCCCCGCCGCUGCGCUCGCUGGUAUCAUCCAGAAGAAAUCACAACAGUCAGCUCCUCCGGCCGACGAUUACGCCCCGCCUCCCAAGGCGCAACGACGCGUCCAAUUCACGCCCGAAGAGUCCGACGAGGAAGCGCCAGCCCCGCGUCUACCGCAAAGACCACCGUCAGGUCAGCUGUCGCCUCCGCCGACACACACCCAAUAUGCGCAGUAUACUUCCCAGCGUUCUCCCGAUACCGACUCGUUUCGAUCUCCACCUCCUCGUAGCGUUACUUUCGAUCAGUACGAUCCUCGCAAUGACCACAAUCAGCCGAAUACACCUCUAUCUGGCUCUGGGUACCAUCUGUAUAACAUCUACGAAUACUUAACACAGCCGGGCAAGAACAAAAAGAUGCCCAUUACGCUAGGGAUAAAUAUCGCCAAAGGCAUGGUUAUGAUUGCGCCCGAGAAGUCUCGUGACGGACCGCAGCAGGAAUGGACAGCGGACAAGCUGGAGUACUAUUCGCAGGAAGGGAAGCAUGUGUUCAUGACACUCAAACAGCCAAGCAAAGACGUAGAUUUCCACUGCGGCGCAAAAGACACAGCUUCCGAGAUCUGCUCUGCGUUAGGCGAGCUCUCCGGUGCUGCAAAGGGCGCAGGUCUUCGUGAAGUACUGGCGGCAGGAUCUCGGAAUUCGAACGUGCAGAAAAAGGGAGUCAUGUUGUUCGAUUUCAUGGCCCAGGGCGAAGACGAGGUCACCGUAGGCCUUGGCGACGAGAUCUUGGUCCUGGAUGAUUCGGCUAGCGACGAAUGGUGGAAAGUGCGAAGGCUGAAGAACGGCAAAGAAGGUGUAGUGCCAGCUAACUACGUCGAAAUCACAGAAUCCGUACCCAUGUCGCCGCCCGCCGCCACGCUCGCUCGCUCCGGCACCAACGCAGGGCGGUCUAUCAUAGAUCAGAACAGACUAGAGGAGGAAGAGCUUACACGUCAAGUUGCGAAAGGCAGGAAACGGGAUAGCGAAGUCAGGAAUGAUCAGGUAGGACCUGGCCUGCAAUUACCCGCGCGUCAUUCUAGUCUUCUGCGAACAAAAGUUGACCAUCCUCGUACGUCACAGAGAAGUAAGCGCGAUAGUACCGCGAAGGACUCAAAGUCUGCUCCCAAACCAAAUUCCGCGAAACUACGAACAUGGACCGAUCGAUCAGGAUCCUUCAAGGUCGAAGCCGAGUUCCUAACUAUCAAGGACGGCAAGAUCCACCUUCACAAAGUCAACGGAGUAAAGAUCGCUGUUCCGGUGCCGAAAAUGUCCGUCGAAGACUUGGAGUACGUGGAGCGAGCAACGGGUAUUUCUCUAGACGACGACAAGCCUCUGUCAGACAUCAAGAGAAGAAGCACCCAACGUGCGAAAGAAAACCCUGCGCAACGCUCAUCGUCGUCCGGUAUUACUGUGGAACAGAAGCCUUCCUAUGAUUGGUUCGACUUCUUCCUGCAAUGCGGAGUCAACCCCCAGAUUUGCGAACGGUAUGCACAAGCCUUCACCCGCGACCAAAUGGGUGAAGAGAACAUGCCCGACAUAAGCGAGAAACUUCUUCGAACCUUGGGUGUGAAGGAAGGAGAUAUUCUGCGAGUCAUGAAGUUCUUGGACAAGAAGUACAACCGCUCCGGUGAUGGCGAGAAGCGUAGUGUCAGUUUCGCAGAGAAUGGCGAAGACGGAGGCCUCUUCUCUGGUCCUGGUGGCACUCUGAGGAACAACACUCGAAAAGGUCGACCUGCUCCUCCCGUGCAGACUAACGAUGUCGUCGACCCCAAGGCAUUCGAACAAAAGACGGACGAUACGGUCAAGAAGCCUGCGCCUGCAGAGGGAACGCCGACACCCCUCACGUCCGCUCCUAUCCCAGAAAAGAAAGCCGAUGGCUUUGAUGACAACGCAUGGGAUAUCAAGCCUUCAAGACAGCCUUCAGCCUCUACUCCGGCGGCGGCAGCUCCGACCCCAGCUCCAGCUGCGGCUCCUGCACCUGCACCUGCCCCGGCGCCACCAGCUCUCACAGGGUCUAUGGGUGAGCUUUCUCUUCUAGACAUGCCUGCCCUAAAAGCAGAUAUCCCAGCGCCGCCGCCUGCCCAAACACCAGCUGCUGCUCAAGCUCCAGCACAACCGGCACAGCCAGCGCAACCUCAAGGGUUCAAUCAGUCAUUGUUCGAUCAAGUCGCUGCUGUCAAGGCCAUGCCUCCUCCACAGCUUGCUCCUCCACGAAUCCGACCUCAAGCACCCCAACAACAGAGCCAAGGUGGGCUCAUUGCCCCUCCGCCCCAGCGAGCUUCGUCUGCCCCCCAGAACCCUCAGCAAGCGUACCCGCCGCCGGCUGCCCUGCAGCCUCAAUUGACAGGCUUCAACCCGAGCAUGCACACCCAAGUUUCUCCUCCCGGACAAAGCUUGCAGGACCUGAACAUGCAGCGUAUGCAACAGCAGGCCACAGGCUUCCAGCCGCAGUCUCAAUUUGGUCAAUUCCAGCAGAACGGCAUGAAUGGGAUGAACGGUAUGAACGGUAUGAUGCCACAGCCCACAGGAUACAACUCGAUGUCGCCGGCGCCACAGCAGCCGCAACAAACAGGCUUCAUGCAGCCGCAGCCCACAGGUUUCCAGCCUGGCAUGCAGCAGAACUUCCAGACUGGCUUCCAACCAGGGUUCCAGCAGAACUUCCAGGGUCAACAGAUGCCGGUCCAAGCACAGCCCACGGGCUUCAACUCAUUCUCUCCCUCUCCACUCAAUCCGCAGGCGACGGGGGUGAACCGAUUCUUGCCACCUGCCAUCCAACCGCAACCGACAGGCUUCGGUCAGCCCUUUGGUCAAAACGCACCUCCUCUCCCGCCCAUGCCGCCCAUGCCCUCGGCAGCACCCCUUGUCCCUCAGAGAACAGGACCUCCACCGCCUGUGCGAUUCGGGACGCAGCCAGCGAAGAAGCUAGUGCCGCAGCCAACCGGGCGGGCCAACCUCGCCAACGCCACUCCCGAAAAUCCAUUUGGAUUCUAA